AUGUCAAACAUUUCUAGUCGAACUAGUCCAGAAGAGUUGAAAGUAUUGACUGAAAUUUACAAUAUAUUUCAUCCACAAGAAUUACAUUUUUUAAUUGAAUUAAAUGAACGUUGGUCUCAAUAUGAUCCAAAUAGAAUUCAAAAUAUGACCAUUAUCUUAAGAGAGACGUUUGCUUCGGAACACAAAGAAUCAGACAUCGAACGUAUAAUCACAUAUUUCAAUUCUCAAGAUUCUAUUCGAAUCUUUUCUCCAAUAAGUGUUACUACGGUUCUUGAUCUAAGAGAUCAAACAAUUCAUCUCAACCCAUAUCAAUCAACAUGUCCGAUUUGUUCAUCCGCACUUACUGCUGAAAUGGCAGAUGUAUUAUCUGUUCAGGUAUUUACUUUAAAGGGCAAAAUAGAUAAAGGUAAAGUGUUCUCUGUAUCAUGUAAACAUACCAACACAACUUUCAACAUGUGUCCAAUAGUUCAUGUAUUUCCAAAUUAUUAUCAACAGGAUAAACUAUGUUCAUUCACAUCUCAAAGUUUACAAAGUGGUAAUAUGGUAUAUCUCGGAGGUAGACAAGUGUUUGAACAAACAUUGAUUGAGAAUUAUACAUGUCAACUAUUAAGCAAAGCUAGUUCAUGGCAGAAGUUUGUUGAUGGACUUAAUCUUGGUGCAUUUAACUCAAAUUUAACUGACACAAAAAUUGAAUGGCGAAAAAAGUUGGCUAUGGCAUUUAUGAAGUUCAAAAUAAUUCAAUUUGACUUAUCUUUAGGCUCAACAAUAGUAUCAGUACCAAGUUCAGCUUGUCAAUUUGAUGAAUGGAUCUGGAAUGAGUUUCCACGUCUUCUCACAUCAUUUGUUUACCUUUGGAGUAAUCACAAGAACUUGAUUGGCCCUUGUGCAUCAAAUUGUAGCCAAUGUAUCGUGAUUGACGGCCAUCAAAAGUGUCGUAGAAGGAUAUGCCGAGCAAAAAAUGUACAAGUUUCAACUGAAGAAUUUAAUUCUUUGACAGUAGGAUGCUGCCGAACUCCACGUAUUGGAUCAUUGUUUUGUGAUUUACAUCAACACUUACAAGAUACAAGUGACACUUCACUAACGUUAUCGAAAAAAAAAAAGAACAAAAUGCGAAAGUCCAUACCAAAAUUGAUGAGAAAAAAGUAUCAACAACAUGGAUUUGGUGCAACAAAUUGCCGAACAUUCAAGCAAAAAUCACAGUCAUACGUUGAACGAUGUAACAGAUCAUUUGGUAUUCUUGCAGCUGUAACAAAUUGCAAGAUUGUUAUUACAUAUUCAGAAAUAUUUCGAUCGGAGACAUUACGUGAAAUAAUUAGUCUUCUGUGUUCAACAAUACGUGUGCUGGAUAACAUUAACACUCAAGCAGCAGAACAAUUAUUCAGUUGGGUCAAAACCUACGCAAAUAUUCUUAGCACUCUUGGUUGGCGUAGAAUGCCAAUUUAUUUAUUAUUAAUAUUUCAUUAUAAAAACUUAGAACGUGUCGGAAUACGUCCAACACGUAUAUUUAAUAUUAUUUCUUCAAUUCCAAACGUUCCAACAAUUAGUCUCGCUUAUAUGGCAGACGUUAAACAAGUUCAACAACAUGAGGAUGCCAUCAAGCAAACAACUACAGCACCACCAACUACUGAAAACAAAUUCAAAAAAACACAAAGAGCCAAUUUUCCAGAACAAAUCAAUCUAAAUUCUCACCCCUCGAAACUCAAUCCAUCUCAAGCUGUUCAGAUGACAACCAUACAAGGGAUGGUUGCGCACAUGGAAAAACAAGCACAAAAACAACAAACAACAAUGACUCGAAAACAUCAACGACAACAACGAAAAAAUCAAGCAAGAAGAAAAUCUUUCAAGCUACAAACAAAACCCGAUCAUCAACUCCAUUUCAACAACUCAUAA